AUGAGCUACGCCGAAGUUACGGCCAAGGGCCCCAAGCAGACCCCCGAAGAGGCGUAUGUGCCACAUCAGGCUUGCCCGAAAGCUAUACAUCGCGCUGCUCCAGUUCCUUCGCUUCCUCAUUCCGAAUCCGAAUCGGCAAGCUUGAUCGACGUCGACUCGCCGCACGUCACUUCCGUCAAGUCCGACUUUCAGGAACAAGAAAUCCAGACGGAGACCCAAGCCGAUAGACUUGAACAUGAAGCAGAAGACAAGGCUCGUGCAGCAGCCCAGCAGGCAGCGGCUGCAGCCGAGAGUGCUAAGAAGAAGGCCGCUACGAAGGGCAAGGAAGCGAAGGACUCUUUGAAGAAAGACGGCCGAAAAUUGAGCGAGAACAGGGAUAAUCCUGUUGUCAUUGGAAAUGCUCUCAUUUGGGGAAUUGCGACUGUUGCCAUCGGCUAUGGGGCAUAUCAGAAACACACCGAAGGAAAAUUGGACUGGAAGCUCGCUAGCACCGUCGUAGGAAGUGUUGGCGCCUUCGCUGUGGCCGAUUAUUUCGGCAGCAAGUGGCUGCUGGAGAACAAAUACCCGCCCAAGUAG